AAUCUUCCAGUCGUCUGUGCCGUGAACUCGGUAUCGGCCCAUAUGGUUUUUGCUCCGUUCGCAGAGCACAUUUCCGUGUUUAAUUUGAGUCUCUGCUGAUUUUGGCGAGCCUCCUCCGCGGCCCACGGACCCACUCGGCCGCCAAACGUCCCGCAGCCCGGUGGUCAGCGGCCGGCAACAGCGUCCCGCCGUCAAAAAUACCCGGAGGAAUGACGUGAAUUCGGCCAAGCUGUCUGAGCAGUAAUCAAGCAAAGACAAUGGAGUCGGGUCUCAGGAUGGGAGACUCAAACUCGGCCAGCUUCCUCCACGUUGGAGACAUUGUUUCCCUCUACGCCGAGGGCAGUGUCUCCGGCUUCCUCAGCACCCUAGGCCUGGUUGACGACCGAUGUGUUGUUAGUCCAAACGCCGGAGACCUUACCACCCCGCCGAAAAAAUUCCGAGACUGCCUUUUCAAGAUAUGCCCCAUGAAUCGGUACUCUGCCCAGAAGCAGUUCUGGAAAGCCGCAAAGCAGAGUGCCAGCUCCUCAUCUACAGACGCAGUGUUGCUCAAGCGUUUGCACCACGCAGCGGACAUCGAGAAAAAGCAGAAUGAAUCUGAAAAUAAAAAGAUCCUCGGCACGGUCGUCCAGUACGGGAGUGUUAUUCAAUUGCUGCACUUGAAAUCCAACAAAUAUCUGACGGUGAACAAGCGUCUGCCUGCCUUGCUGGAGCGGAACGCGAUGAGGGUGUACCUGGACGCAAACGGAAACGAGGGCUCUUGGCUCUACAUCAUGCCCUUCUACAAACUGAGGACCACCGGCGACAACGUCGUGGUCGGCGACAAAGUAAUUCUCAAUCCGGUCAACGCGGGCCAGCAGGUGCUGCACGUCGCCGCGAAUUACGAGCUGCCUGACAACCUCGGCUGCAAAGAAGUAAACGUCGUCAACUCGAGCACUUCUUGGAAAGUGACGCUUUUCAUGGAGCAUCGGGAGAAUUUGGAGGAGAUUUUGAAAGGCGGCGACGUGGUUCGUCUCUUCCACGCGGAGCAAGAGAAAUUCCUGACCGUCGACGAGUACAAAAAGGCGCAGCACGUCUUCCUGAGGACCACAGGCCGCACAUCAGCAACCGCAGCCACGAGCAGCAAAGCUCUCUGGGAGGUCGAGGUGGUGCAACACGACCCGUGCAGAGGAGGUGCCGGUCACUGGAACUCUUUGUUCCGGUUCAAACACCUCGCCACUGGACGCUAUUUGGCUGCUGAAGUGGACGAUGAUGACGUGCUCGAUCAGAUGAGGAGCAAAUUGAAAGGCGAACUGGGAGUUGCAGCAGAGGCCCAGGUGUACCAUCUGGUCGCAGUGCCAAAUUCAAACGAAAUCGCUUCCCUGUUUGAGCUGGACCACACAACCCUGACAAGAAAUGACUCUCUGGUUCCGCAGUCUUCUUAUGUUCGUCUGCACCACUUGUGCACCGACUCGUGGGUGCACAGCACGUCCAUUCCGAUCGACAAGGAGGAGGAGAAACCAGUCAUGUCCAAGAUCGGCUGUGCGCAAAUUAAAGAAGACAAGGAAGCGUUUGCGCUGAUUUCUGUGCCGCCAAUGGAAGUGCGUGACUUGGACUUUGCAAACGAUGCCUGCAAAGUGCUCGCAACUAUUUCGUCCAGGUUAGAGAAAGGCAACAUUUCGCACAACGAGAGAAGGGCCGUGACGAGCUUGCUGCAAGACGUGGUGUACUUCAUUGCCAAUCAGGAAAACGAACAGAAUAAAGCCGAGGCGCUGGAUUUGGUCGUGACAAAUCCAAAUCGAGACCGCCAGAAACUGCUGAGAGAGCAGUAUAUCUUGAAGCAGCUCUUUAAAAUCCUGCAAGCGCCGUUUCUCGAGAGCACAGACGGCGAGGGACCCUUUUUAAAGAUCGAGGAGCUCAAUGACCCUCGACAUGCUGCAUACAAAAACAUAUUCAGGCUGUGCUACCGCAUUCUGCGGCUCAGCCAGCAGGAUUACCGAAAGAACCAGGAGUACAUCGCCAAGCACUUUGGCUUCAUGCAAAAACAAAUUGGAUACGACAUUUUGGCCGAGGACACGAUCACCGCUUUGUUGCACAACAACCGGAAGCUUUUGGAAAAGCACAUCACAGCGGCCGAAAUCGAGACCUUCGUCGGUCUCGUCAGGAAGAACAUGACUAAUUGGCAGUCGCGAUUUCUCGAUUAUCUUUCCGACUUGUGCAUCUCCAAUAAGAAAGCGAUUGCCGUCACCCAGGAACUCAUUUGCAAAAGCGUUUUAAGUGCCAAAAAUUCUGACAUUCUCAUCGAGACAAAGUAAACGAAAUGCUAAAUAAAUUUCCUUUUGUUUAUCGCUGAUAUUUGCAGAAUGGAGCCUGUCGAGGAAGAAAUCAAGCUGUCUGACGGCACAAUCCAAACUAAGGAAGAGAAUGAGGUUUUUCUCUCGUGGAGCAGCGGAAAGUACACAAUGCAUUUGACCGAGAUUUCAAAAAAGGAUAAGUCCAGUAUCAAAACCUUGGAUUGCGGAGCAGUCUUGGACUACUACAGGCACCAGCUGGACCUAUUUUCAAACAUGUGUCUGAACCGACAGUAUCUGGCGCUGAAUAACCUCUCGCCCCACCUCGACAUUGAUCUGAUUUUGAAAUGCAUGGCGGACGAAAAAGUUGCUUAUGAACUGCGAGCGUCCUUUUGCCGCCUGAUGCUGCAUCUUCACGUGGACAGAGAUCCGCAAGAGCAAGUCACGCCUGUCAAGUACGCGCGCCUGUGGUCGGAAAUCCCCUCGAAAAUGUCGAUCAUCGACUAUGAUAGUAACAAAACGCCUGACCAACACAAAGAAGCUGUCAGGGCAAGAUUCAGCUCCACGAUCAUGUUUGUCGAGGACUAUUUGUGCAACGUUGUUGCGAAAAUGUGGAGCUUUGCUGACCAAGACCAAAACAAGCUCACUUUCGAGGUUGUCAAAUUGGCAAGAGAUCUGAUCUACUUUGGCUUCUACAGUUUCAGCGAUUUGCUCAGGUUAACGAAGACGCUGCUGAGCAUUUUGGACUGUGUCUCAGAAAACGAGUUCGUCAAUGGCAAAAUCCCCAUUGGCGAGAUUGAUUCUGAGCAAACAGAAGAGGAAUCUGAAGCCGAAGGGGGUGUUUUGCGUUCUAUCGGGGACAUGGGGGCCGUCAUGACGAGCUUGACUCUUGGGGCGGCCGGACUUGGUAGAUCUGUUAUACCCGCAGCUGUCCAGAAGACGCCGUCGCAGCUGAAGAAGGAGUACCCGCUCAUCAUGGACACCAAGCUCAAAAUCAUUGAAAUUCUACAGUUCAUUCUGGAUGUGAGGCUUGACUACAGGAUCAGCUGCUUGCUGUCAAUUUUCAGAAGAGAAUUCGACGAGAAUGAAAAUAAAUCGACUGGUCAGAAAGGCAUUGAUUUGGACAUGAUCGGCACGCAGGCUGAGGGGAUUUUCGGCUCAAGUGAGGAAUGCGCGGCCCUGGACCUGGAUGGGCAAGGUGGCCGAACUUUCCUGCGAGUGCUCUUGCAUUUGACGAUGCACGAUUACCCGCCGCUGGUCAGUGGCGCGCUUCACCUUCUCUUCAGACACUUCAGCCAGCGGCAGGAAGUCCUCCAGGCGUUCAAACAGGUCCAAUUGCUCGUGUCAGACAGUGACGUCGAGUCGUAUAAGCAAAUCAAAGCCGAUCUGGACGUUCUCCGGCAGUCUGUUGAAAAGUCUGAGCUCUGGGUUUAUAAAGCAAGAAGUGCUGAUGAACACGGAAAGAAAAAAGGCGCCAAGGAUGAUGACGGUGAUGAGACUCGGGACGAGAUGAAAGAAUCGAAGAAAACGCCGACCAUGCUGACAGCUUACGAUAAACAAAGCUCAGCAAUUGACCUAGACAUUGGGCCUUUGCUUCACCAAGACCAGACCGACGAGUAUAAGAAAAUGCAGCAGAUCUUAAGAAGGAUGAACAAGCUAUGCACACAAGUGUCAGAUGACAAUGUGAAGCCAAGGAAGCACGAGCAGCGUUUGCUGAGAAAUGUCGGCGUGCACCACGUUGUCCUUGACCUGCUACAAAUCCCCUACGACAAGAAAGAAGACGUGCGAAUGAAUGAACUCAUGCGCCUCGCCCACGAGUUCCUUCAAAACUUCUGCCUGGGCAACCAACAAAAUCAGACCUUGCUGCACAAGCAACUCGAUCUUUUCCUCAAUCCUGGGAUUUUAGAGGCGCAAACCGUGUGCAGCAUCUUCCAGGACAACUCGGCUCUUUGCAAUGAAGUCAAUGAAAAGGUCAUCCAGCAUUUUGUGCACUGCAUUGAGACGCACGGCAAACACGUGCAGUAUCUCAAGUUUUUGCAAACUAUCGUGAAAGCGGAAAACCAGUUCAUCAGGAAAUGUCAGGAUAUGGUCAUGCAAGAGCUCGUGAAUGCUGGAGAGGAAGUUCUUGUUUUCUACAAUGACAAAUCAUCUUUCAACCAGUUCAUAGACAUGAUGCGUUCAGAGAGUCACAGAAUGGAUGAAAGCAGUGCAUUAAAGUACCACGUUGAGCUGGUAAAGCUUUUGGCCUGCUGCACCAUGGGUAAAAACGUCUACACUGAAAUCAAGUGCCACAGUCUGCUGCCUUUGGACGACAUUGUAACCAUUGUCUGCCACCAGGAUUGCAUUCCAGAAGUGAAGGAAUCGUACAUCAACUUUUUGAACCAUUGCUACAUUGACACGGAAGUUGAAAUGAAGGAGAUUUACACGUCAAACCACAUGUGGAGUCUGUUCGAACGCAGUUUCCUGGUGGACAUGUGCCAGGUGUCCGAACUGGACGAGUCGGCGCAGGACAUGUCUGCGCUUAAAAAUUACGUGGUCAACAGCGUGAUGAACAUCAUUAGUACCUUCUUCAAUAGUCCUUUCUCAGAUCAGAGCACUACAGUCCAGACAAGACAGCCCAUCUUCGUCCAGCUGCUGCACUCUGCAAUAAAGGUGUCCCAGUGUACCUGGCUGUCGUCUGCUCAAAGGUUCAACGUUGAGAAUUGCAUCAGGACCCUCUCUGAAGUUGCCAAGACGCGCAGCAUUGCAAUUCCAACCGAACUUGAAACAAAAGUGGCCAUCAUGUUCAGCAAGGCGAAAACUUUUGCCAGGCAAACGGCCCGGUGGAAGAAUGCGUCUAAAAAUCCAAGCAAAAUCGAAAGAUCCCAGUCGCAGGUAUUAAUGCGCCUCGACAGAAGUAUAAUUGAAGGCCUUCACGACAUCGUGUCUCUGUUGGAAGACAAACUAGAACCUCUCGUUCAGUCUGAGUUGUCGCUCUUGGUCGACAUCCUCUACAGACCUGAGCUGCUCUUUCCGCCAAACACAGAGGCACGCAAACGAUGCGAAAACGGUGGAUUUAUUAGACGGCUCAUCAAACACACGGAAAAAUUGCUGGAAGAAAAGGAAGAAAAGCUGUGCGUCAAGGUGUUGCGAACUUUGAGAGAAAUGAUGGCCAUCGAUAAUGAAUACAAAGAAAAGGGAGAAAUUCUCACAGUUCGAGAGUUGGAAGACAAAAUAAGGGGAGACGUCUUAAGGAACCACCUGCUGAUGCGGUACUUUGGAAAAAAUUUCAUUCAGAAAAAAGAGACGGUCGACAUCAGCGUCCGAGGACCAAUGCCUGUCGUCACUCACGGACCAGGAGCGAAAAUACUGAGCCGUGCUGGGAGGACCCUGCAUGAAGUGCAGAGUCACCUGGACAAAGAGGGUGCGUCAGACCUGGUCGUGGAGCUUGUCAUUAAAUCAGUGCAUUCUCCUUCAAUCUUCGUCGAGGCUGUCGAGCUCGGCAUCGCCAUGCUGGAGGGAGGAAACUCAAUAAUUCAACGCAGCAUGUACACCAAAUUGCGAGCUGGAGAUCUCAGUCAAUCAUUCUUCAAGGUGUUUUAUGACAAAAUGAGGGAUGCCCAGCAGGAAAUCAAAUCGACAGUGACUGUAAACACUUCGGACAUUGCUGCCAAAGCGCAUGAAGAGAAAGAGAGCAAAGAACUGGACAAAAUCGCGAGGAAGAAGAGUAAGCUAAUUGUUUAAGAUUAUAUUCCGCCGUGGUAAUAAUUUUUUUAUGUCUUAGGUCGAGCCAAUGGGAUAGUACUCACGGAUGAAAUUAGAGAAGAGCUUAGCCAGGUGGCACUCGAUGGGCCUAGCGCCCUGGCCAGGGUUAGAGCUUCAAUAGAUCUGCAAGCCGAUGAGACUGGUGCUCUGCUUCUGUCUGGCUCGGCGAUUGAGGACAUGAUCGCCGAAAAACAGGAGCGACACCGUGAGCAAGAGGAGCUGCCGAAUCUCACGGCAAAGGUGCUUGUCAUGCAGCCCAUCCUGCGCUUCCUUCAGCUGCUGUGCGAAAACCACAACCGGGACUUGCAAAAUUUGCUACGCACGCAGACAAACAAGACCAAUUACAACCUCGUGUCCGAAUCCCUGAUGUUCCUCGACUGCAUUUGCGGCUCCACCACUGGAGGGCUUGGCCUGCUCGGUCUUUACAUCAAUGAGAGCAACGUCGCUCUCAUUAAUCAGACUUUGGAGACCCUCACUGAGUAUUGUCAGGGUCCGUGUCAUGACAAUCAAAACUGUAUUGCUACGCACGAAUCAAACGGGCUGGACAUCAUAACGGCCCUAAUUCUCAACGACAUCAAUCCACUGGGAAAGAAGAACAUUGAGUUGGUGCUGGAGUUGAAAAACAACGCUUCCAAAUUACUGCUCGCCAUCAUGGAGAGCAGAGGAGACAGCGAAAAUGCGGAGAGAAUCCUCUACAACAUGAACCCCAAGCAAUUGGUUGACGUCUCCUGCCGAGCAUUCCACCAAGAGGAGAGCGUUGAGAUUUCCAGCAUGGACGACGACCUGUCCGACAGCGAAGCUGGAGUAUCUCCAAGAGAAGUUGGCCACAACAUUUACAUCCUGUGCCAUCAGCUUGCGCAGCACAACAAGGAGCUGGCCUCGAUGCUGAAGCCGUCUGAGAUAAACAGCGAUCCGAAAAUCAACCUGGCGCUCAGCUACUACAACUCGCACACAGCACAGAUUGAAAUCGUUCGGUCGGACCGCACACUAGAACAAAUCGUGUUCCCCAUACCUGAGAUUUGUGAGUACCUGACAACGGACACCAAAUCACGGAUCUUCAACACUGCCGAACUGGACGAUCAGGGUUCAAAAGUUUCAGACUUCUUUGAGAAAACCGAUGACAUGUUUGAUGAAAUGAAGUGGCAGAAAAAGUUGCGAGGUCAACCGCUCUUGUUCUGGGUCAGCAGUUACAUGUCCCUGUGGAGUGCGAUGCUCUUCAACUGUGCUGUCUUUAUCAAUGUGAUCGUUGCCUUCUUCUAUCCCUUCAACGAAAACGUGCCACAGGUGAGCACCCACUGGUCAGCCCUCACCUGGGCCGUGAUGAUGGUGUCGGCAGCAAUUGUGAUCACCGUGCCUCGGCAAGCCAGUGUUAAAACGCUGAUAGCAUUUACGAUUGUCAGGAUGAUUCUCUCCAUCGGGCCAGAACCAACUCUGCUGCUCCUCGGCACCGCAACUGUCGUUCUGAAAGGAAUACAUUUAGUCAGCAUCAUGGGCAACCAGGGCACGUUCACGAAAAGCUUCAGGCAAAUCGCCACCGACUUUGAGCUGAUCUACCACUUGAUCUACCUGACCUUUUGCAUGUUGGCACUCUUCAUGCAUCCCUUCUUCUACUCUGUUUUGCUCUUUGACGUAGUAUAUCGCGAGGAAACCUUGCUGAACGUGAUCAGGUCCGUGACCAGAAACGGAAGGUCCAUCAUCUUGACCGCCGUGCUCGCCCUCAUUUUGGUCUACAUGUUCUCCAUCAUCGGCUACAUGUUCUUCAAGGACGACUUCCUCGUUACUGUCGAUGGAGAAAUCAAACCUGAAGAUUUUUCCGACUCCGCCAUCGAAGAGGAUUCAUGCUCGGCCGACAAAAAUUGUUCUGCUGAGGAAAUUGCAAAUCAUUACACCAGAAAAGCUAAUCAAGGAGUGGCGGUGAUAGAAGAUUCCGGCGAGUUGAAAGAAAGGGCUUGUGAUUCCCUUGUCAUGUGCAUCGUGACCACGCUGAACCAGGGUUUGAGAAACGGAGGCGGGAUCGGUGAUAUUUUGCGUGCACCGAGCAGCAAUGAAGCGCUUUUUGUGGCUCGAGUGGUGUACGAUCUGUUGUUCUUCUUCAUAGUGAUCAUUAUCGUUCUGAACCUGAUUUUUGGUGUCAUUAUCGACACGUUCGCCGACCUGAGAAGCGAAAAGCAGCAGAAGGAACUCGUUCUCAAAAACACGUGCUUCAUCUGUGGGCUGAAUCGAAGUGCGUUCGACAACAAGACUGUCAGCUUUGAGGAGCACAUCAAGUGCGAGCACAACAUGUGGCAUUAUUUGUACUUCACGGUACUCGUGAGGGUGAAGGACCCGACUGAGUUCACGGGUCCAGAGAGCUACGUCUACUACAUGGUCAAAGCGCGGGAUUUGGACUGGUUCCCGAGAAUGCGGGCCAUGUCUUUGGCUGCGGACGAAGGCGAGGGCGAGCAAAUGGAACUGCGCACGCUGCAGGAGCAACUUGUGCUCACCCAGAGUCUCGUCGUCACUCUUUCCCAGCAGCUAACGGAACUUAAAGAUCAGAUGACAGAGCAGCGGAAGCAGAAGCAGAGGAUUGGGCUGCUGAAUCCUGGCACCUUCAUGCACAGCACAGCUUAUCAGUAGAGAGGCGAACGCGGUACAAAGCCAGCACAACUCCCCUCUUCGCAACCGAAACCAAAUUACCUGUGUACUUAGUGUUCAAAGAUGAGUUACAAAUUUUGGCGGCAAUAUUAUGUGUUUCCUAGUUGAUUAUUAUUUUCCCUUCUCUACACUGUUACUUACGCUAAGUGUGUUGACUCUAUUAUGAUUUCUGUUUUAAUGUAUUUGUUUUACAUUUUAUCUAAGUUAUGAGAUGGAAUCGAUUUGAAAGCGCCUAGUCACACCAAGGGAUCGCCUUUAAUUGUGUUAAAUUUGUAAACGCGUAUGGCGAAUUUUGUGAUUUGAUAAAUAAAAUUUAAUAAUGAUGGUGGUGUUUAGCAUUAUAGACAGCGAUUAAGCAGAUCGUAGCAUCAAGUAUUGGAAUCUUGUCUCGUGCAUAAAUAAUUCACAUAUCCAUUAGUUUUCCUGUGCUAUUGAAACAAUACGCAAUAAAUUACUUCCAUUUUUUUCUGGAGCAAUAAAGUUCAUUAUCAAUCUCUCUA